UAUAAAUCAAAGAUAUUGAGAUAAAGUCUGUUUGUGUCGAGAUCUUUCAAAUGUGGGGUUGAUGUAGAUGGGUGGUAAUGUUUCUUGGUUGAUUACAUCACUGUACCAUAAUAAUGUAGCAGAAACAGGGUAUAGACGUCAUGACCAAAUAUAAUGUUAAUGAUGGCUGUUUUCAGUUUAUGGCGUGAUUAACAUUGAAAUAAGUGGCUGACCAUACGGACCUGACAUAGAUGGAGAUUGGGAUUAUCUUUAAAUAGCCCUUCCUGCUCCCGUCGGACUCGAAUUAACUCGUAAUUCAACCACUCCCCAUUAUUCGACUUGCAUACUGCCAGAAUGGCGAACGAGGAAAUGCCUCGCCUCAGAAUAGCUCUAAUCGCCGAGCAGCAAUCGGCCUACCUCCAACUGGGCUAUUCCGAAGACGAAUGUGCGGCCCUCACACAUGAUGGAGAAGUCCAGGCAGUGUCCACCACACUCAGAAAGCUGGGCCACCACGUCACGCUCAUCCCAGGUGUUCAGCCGCUAGUGCAGCAGCUGGCAGCUGGCAAGCAUCACGAGUGGGAUUUGGCAUUCAACAUGGCACAGGGCUUCCAUGGAUCGGCCCGUGAAUCGCAGGUCCCAGCGCUCCUGGAAGCAUACCAAGUUCCAUACACAUUUUCCGAUGCUGCAACGAUGGCGUUGUGUCAGAAUAAGGCAAACACCAAGAUUUCACUCGCCUAUAACCACAUCCCCACUUCGCCUUUCGUGGUGAUCCCAGCUCGGCAAUCAGACAUCCCAAUGUCCACCAAAACAUUGCCACAGUACCCCCUCUUUGUCAAGCUGGUGACUGAAGGAUCGUCCAAGGGAAUCGAUCCCAUGAGCAAAGCCAAUGGACCGGUGGAGCUACAGCGGGCCGUGCAGAAACUCAGGGCCCAAUUCCCAGGCCAGGAUAUCUUGGUGGAAUCUUUCCUGCCGGGACGGGAAUUCACAGUGGGAAUUUUGGGCAAUGGCGCUGACAGCAAGGUGAUUGGAAUAACAGAACAUGUCUCCCAACAGCCUCCCAGCUCUGAUGAAGAGGGGAGUGACGGCUAUUACGGUAUAGACUUUGUGAGCAGAAAGUGCAAGUCCAACAAGGGGUUGGUAGUCCUCGAUCAUGACUGCUCUGAUAUCAGUGACCCCCAAUUGAAAGCCGCCAGCCAAGUUGCUUUGGAUGCAUGGAGUGCCUUUGGAUGCAACGAUGCUGGCCGUGUCGAUAUUCGAUUUGACUCUGAAGGGCCAGAUUCUGUUCCAAAUGUGUUAGAGGUGGGCUUCCCAUAAUGACAUGAGUCCAACUACCAAAGGUCCAAACUGACUCAA